UGUCGCACAUGCCAAAUCCCGAUCUUUUCCCAUACCUCUCGCGGCGUUUGGCGGCCGCUGAUCAGCCCAAUGAAGACAAUCAACCGAACAACAGUACACAUUAUAAUAAUUCUAGCCAAUCACAAAGACAGCACACCGAGUAUAAUCAUGACAAGCGAGAAAUGUGGACUUCUGAAGAAUUUGAAGAAGCAAACGCUGCCGCGGUCAUGGUUGCACUUAAACAUGGUCGACUUGGAUUACCUGGGGCUGUUCCUAUAAUAACGAGUAGCCCGUCGGAGGAUCACACGUACAGUAGCGUUGGCCUGGCAUCGACGCCACAAAAACAACACACAGCCGCCCUAAACUCACCCGAUGCCGCUUACGAAACUGAUGACAGUCAAUCUCAACCGACCUCUUUCACCGAUUUGGAAGAACAACGGCGCUUGGCAGAAGGGGCAGACGCACUGUUAAAUCUGGCUGGUAUCAGGAGGCUUUCCACUCCAGAAAAUGCUCUAUCAGUCAUCAGCUAUACGACGAACUACGUACACCAAAACAAUAAUGGCCAGGAAUAUCAGCAGAAUGCUCAAAACCACGAGUCAAAAUAUAAUAAACCACAAUAUCAAGAAUCCAGGGAGUCCAGAAAUAGUAACAGCACUCGCACUAAAUUCAAACCCAGACUUCUAAGAAGACCUAAAAGGCGAAUUUCGGCCGCUGAUUCGGGUGAUGGUAAAUAUUAUAACUCAUCAAAAAAUUUAAGUAAUAAAUUUUAUGAAGCCAAAAGAAUCAAAGUCGAGAAAUAUUGAAGAGAACAUUCAAUCAGCUGUCAGGUAAGAAAAUAUUUUUAUUUUUCUUCUUCAUUCAGGGAUUUGAAACAAGGUUU